AUGAUCGACCUCGUCGGUGGGCCAUUCGCCGUUAUCGAAAGUGACCCAGGUAAUGUCAUCCAAUCUCUCGAAAUACAACUCAAUAACGAAAUACCAGGCGUAUUCACAUCCCUCACCCGACGUUUGGGCAUACGUGGUCUAGAGCUCAUCGAGCUCUACGACAUCGAACCAUGGGCAACAGACCACCUCUCCCCCCGAGGCCUCAUCUUCUGCUUCAUGUGGCGUAAAGACGCCCACCGUCCAACUGACUUUAACGAUCCCGCUGCAGACAGAGUCUGGUUCGCCAAUCAGCUGAGCGACGACGCGUGUGCAACUCAUGCUAUUCUGAACGUCGUUUUGAAUUGCCCCGGCGUGGAGUUGGGUGAGGAGUUGAGGAUGUUUAAGGAGGAGACGGAGAGGAUGUCGCCUGUUAUAAGAGGUUUGGCGAUAACAAACUCUCCAACCAUCCGACAAGCACACAACUCACUAGCACGGUCCGAAAAAGCCAAAGCCAAAGGAGACGAAGAAGAAGAAGAAGGAGCAGAAGAAACGUAUCACUUCAUAGGCUACGUCCCAGCAUUCGGUAAAGUCUGGGAACUCGACGGGUUAAAAUCCGGGCCAUUAGAAGUCGGGGACCCCACAUCCGAAUGGAUGUCAACAGUCCGCCCCGCCCUCCGGCUCAAAAUGUCCAAAUACGGCGCCUCACCCACCGACUCGGGGUCCAACAUCCGUUUUAGCCUCUUAGCGAUCGUGGAUGGGGGGUAUGAAGGUGCGAGUGAUGAGUUUGAGCUUGGGAAAAGGGAGAGGGUUGCGUUGGAACGGCGGUUGGAUGCGUGUCAAGAGGGGGAGGGGUGGAGGGGGAUGGUUUGUCUUUUCCUUCUUUCCUUUUUUUUGGAGGGGUGCUAA